AAAAGGGACAGAGAGCACCCUGCUACAUUUCCAAAUCGUGAGGUUGGCGUGCAGGCGGUAGAGCUGAAGUGAGCUGUUCACGAUGCAGGUGUUCCUCCAGUGCAGCAGGCUGGUCCUGGUCCUCGCCCUCAUCCUGGUUUUGGAUUCUGCAGUUCAAGGUUCACCCUUGCGGAGAGCCAGAUACCAGCGGGUCCGCUGCAAUCCCAACAGUAAUUCUGCAAACUGCAUCGAUGAAAAGGGACCAAUGUUUGACCCAUUUCCAGAACAAUCCAACAGAAUUCUCCCUCCAAGGAUUGACCCUUUUUUGAGACCCCAGAACUUGAAGGAUGUCUUCCCUGUUUCUGAGGACUAUUCUGGAUCAGGCUCUGGAAGCGGCUCUGGCAUUGACUUCCCAACUGCAAUAGAACAGGAAUACCAACCAGUAGAUCGUGAUGAGGGUUUCUAUUACAGCUUUAGGCCUCUGCAUUCAGACAACCAGGACUUGGAUCAAGAUGGACCCGAAGAGAAUUUUAUUAAAUAAAAGAGAGGAUUUUCCAACUUGACUCCAGGCAAUGCAUUCAGUGUAUUUGGUGUACCAUGGUUCAAUGAUUAAUUUUGGGACAAAAAGUUUUAUAGAAAAUUUAAAACAUCUGAAAAAGAAGUUUAAGUUUGAUCACAUUUUUCCUUUUUUGUCUCAUGAAUUCUUAAAGCCUCCUUUAUCUACACUGUCCUAGAAAAUACCUGCAUUUCCUUUGUAUCAUAUUCAACCAACAUCACAAUGAAAUUAACUCCACAUGUCUAUGAAAAGUGCUCUAAAGAAUAAAUUAUAUAUACUCUUUUUUCAAAAUUCAGUUUGCGGAACAAAUUGAUAGGCAAUAUUUCUUACCUAAGUCUUCAGGAACCUAACUCUGUGAAUUAUAGAUAUGCCCUUUUUAUGAAAAAACCCAGAUGAAACACACAGUGAAUUUAGAGUGGGUAUUUGACAUGUUUUAUGGUGUGAAAUGUACUGCUCUUAUAUUACCAUUGGAUGUGUUUACAGAGCUAUUGGACAUGGCUUGUUUAGAAGUAUGAUUGCUAUUACACUUACAAACUUAACACCCAAAUUACAGCACAGGUGUGCUCUUAAUACCUCAUAUUGCUUUACCUGUUUCCUGCAUAUCUGUGUAUUUUCAAAUGUUAUUCUAUUAAAGCAGAAGUAUAAUCAAAUGGUUAA